AUGGCGGCCGCGGCGGGCGGCGGCUGCGGCUCCGAGCCGGGGCCGGGCUCUGCGCCGGGUGACACCUCCCUUCUCGGCAGCGCCACAACGUGGCCCUUGAAGCGCUACGGCCGCUUCCUGCCCACGACGGAUCGCGAUGAGGAAGGGCAAAAUGUCGCCUCUUGGAAGGUUUUUGAAUCAAAUGAAGAAUCAGGCCAUCUUAUCCUUACUGUGGUUGUAUCUGGCCAUUUCUUCAUUUCCCAAGGGCGAACAGUACUGGAAGGUUUCUCACUGAUUGAUUCCCACAAGUGGCUAAAGAUAGUCAGAAAAGCAGACUGCCUGCUCCUUCAUGCACAGGCCAAGAAUGAAGGCCGUAUGUUUCGUGUUCAGUUUGGUGGUGAUUCAAAGGAAGAGAUGCUGGAAAAUUGCCGGAGUUGUGUUCAGAAACUCACAGAGUAUGUGCCAGUGCAAGCAACCGAGGAGCAAAGCCAGCAGCUCUAUCCCAGUUUCAGUCAGCUGGCCUAUGGUGACAGCCAGCCAGAUGAGCCUCUACCAGAUUCCUAUACAGGCCUUGAAGAAAGAAGAUCUGUACCACAGCUCGCCAAGUCUGUGCUGAACAAGAAGCUUGAGCUGCCCCCUGUGGCUUGGCACCCGGUGUGGGGCACCCAGGAGCUGGGGCCCUUCAUCCGCUUCUGCCUCCUGGAUCAGCAUUUCCCAGCUUUUGUGCAAGCCGUGGAGAAGGAACUGCAAAAGCUCGCAGAAGGUUGA